AUGAUUUAAAAUUUUAGAAAUAUUAACAAUGUACCAUCUUAGAUAGUUGAAAUUACCAAAAUUAAAAAGACAAGUGGGGAUUAAGAAGAAAAGUUAGAUCCAGAAUCUGAUUUAGAAGAAUUAUGUUCUUCUACUCCUCAAGGCAAUUUUAUUAAAAGACAGUUUGACUCUGAUAUUAAAAAGAAGAAAAAACAUAUUAGAUUUAGCUUCUAAAAUCAAGUGAGUAGUUGCCAAUUAGAUUCUAAAUUGAUUUCACCAUUAGAUUCACCUCGUAAAAGUUCACAUUCAAUUUAAUCUAUUUUGAAGCCUCAAUGCUAUUCAAUGUUUGGGUAAAAAAAGAAAUGA